CACAAGAACAUGAGGAGCAAUGAGACGUGGAUCACAGAAGUCACCCUGCUGGGCUUCCAGGUUGACCAUGUGUUGGAGGUUUUCCUCUUUGGGAUAUUCUUGCUAUUUUACAUCCUCACCAUGAUGGGAAAUGGGACCAUCCUGGGGCUCAUCUGGCUCGACCCCCGACUGCACAGCCCCAUGUACUUCUUCCUGUCCCACUUGGCCAUCAUUGACAUGUCCUACGCCUCUAGCACUGUCCCCAAGAUGCUCGCAAACCUUGUGAUGCAGAAGAAAACCAUCACCUUUGGCCCAUGCAUACUUCAGACAUUUCUGUAUCUGGCUUUUGCUGUGACAGAGUGUAUGGUGUUGGUGGUGAUGUCCUAUGACAGGUACGUGGCCAUCUGCCACCCUCUCCAAUACACCAUCAUCAUGAACUGGAGAGUGUGCACUGCUCUGGUCACCACUUGCUGGGUGUUCAGCUUCCUCUUGGCUCUGGUCCAUAUCACUCUAAUUCUGAGACUUCCCUUCUGCGGGCCACAAACCAUCGACCACUUCUUCUGUCAGAUCAUGUCAGUAUUCAAGCUGGCCUGUGCGGACACCAGACUCAACCGGGUGGUCCUCUUUGCUGGCUCUGUGUGUGUCCUGGUGGGGCCUCUCUGCCUGGUGCUGGUGUCCUACACACGCAUCAUCUUUGCCAUCCUGAGGAUCCAGUCCAGGGAGGGACGCAGAAAGGCCUUCUCCACCUGCUGCUCCCACCUCUGUGUGGUCGGGCUCUUCUUCGGCAGUGCCAUCGUCAUGUACAUGGCCCCCAAGUCCAGCCAUUCUCAAGAGCAGAGGAAGGUUCUGUCAUUGUUCUACAGCCUCUUUAACCCGAUGCUGAACCCCCUGAUCUACAGUUUGAGGAACGCAGAGGUGAAGGGUGCCCUUAGGAGAGUGCUGUGGAAGCAGCGAUCAGUGUGA